AUGUCACAAACGAAAUCGGCAGAUUCCCAGCACAGAGAGCAGGAUUUCGACAUUGACCCGAUUACUGGUUUUGUUCCCCCGCAACCUCUGCCACGUCUUCCUGCCGAGUACAAACUAUGGGAAGAUGCAUUAUCAGAGGCUCCAGAUGUCCUGAGAUUAAGCAACGACACAUCUGAUGAAGCUUUAACAUUGCGUGCGGAAGGGGAAGUCUGGAGAUCGAAUAUUCGAUUGGGGCCAGCAUUGGACGUGGAUUUUAUAAGAGAACGACCCCGCCUCCUACAGCGAGCGCACGUAGUACUCACUUGGCUCGUUCAAUACUACGUGCACUCGCUUCCGCCUACCCAUCCCCCAACACCAAAGAGAAUCCCCGAAUCCCUAGCGGUGCCCCUCGUAGAAGUGUCCCGGAUUUUGGGUAUCGCACCAAUACUCACCUUUGCUGACACCAUUACAUGGAAUUGGGAGCUUAUACACCCUGACCAACCUGUCACCAUAGACAACAUGAAACUCGCCCACUCAUUUUCUGGUCGGGAUGACGAGCGACACUUCUAUCAAGUCCAGGCGGCGGUGGAGCUACACGGCACACAACUACUACGGAUAAUUGAUGAUUAUAACCAAAUUCCAAACCUCGAUGAAUUCACGUCAGUUUUCAAGGUGGCACGAGAUCUGACUCGACUCACUGCCAUUAUCGAAGAGAUCAGUGAUUUGAUCCAGUCGAUGAGGAGUGGUUGCGAUCCUCAUAUCUUCUACUGGGAAAUGCGCCCGUGGGUAGAAGGGAGUGACUCUAAAGGUCCUUCCCAACCUGGAUGGAUCUUCGAGGGGGUGGAUCCUCAUGCGCCUGAGCUUCAGUAUCUCAGCGGGCCUUCUGGAGGACAGAGCACGGUCAUGCAUGCCCUUGACUUGUUUCUUGACAUCGAUCACAAGCUCCAGUGGAAACGUCAGCCGGCUCCCAGCUCUGAAAACAAGAGGGCAGACCGUGGCUUUAUGGAUCGCAUGAGACAGUAUAUGUUAGGGAAACAUCGCGAAUACCUACAGCAACUCGAAACAUCGCCCCGUUCGAUACGGGAAUUGGCACAGCGUACAGCUAUACUUCGAGAGCCGUACAACAACGCGGUUAAAGCGCUGAAAACGCUGCGUAGUCUCCAUAUGCGUAUUGCCUGCUUAUACAUAAUCAACAUGUCGAAGACAGAGAAUCCACGAUCCGCUUGCCCUGCGGCUGCCGCGAUGGAAAGACAAGCCGCUAAAAUGGAGGCCGGCGCGAAAGCUGAAAAAAAGGGGCCGAUCUUAGGAACUGGAGGUACCGACUUGGUGACCUUGUUGAAGGCCGGUAGAGACGCAACUUCUCGAGCGGCAUUGAAGAACUAA